UACACACUUUAUCUUUUGUUUAGUUUCUUUUUAUUUAAUGUUUACAUUUAAUUCCGAAAUGUUCUUUGAUAAGCGUAACUGCUGCAGUGAUAUUGCACAAGGAGCCCUCAUGCUUUUAAUGGAUGGCAAGAAAUUAAAGAGGAAGUGAAUUUUUAAAGUGAAUAAAAGCAUUUCAAAACGUUUUUUCAUUCUUCUUCAUUAAAAUUGUUUGUAAAGAAUCGAGGGGGAAAAUAGGUAAAUUGCAAAAGGGGAAAGGGAUUGCAGCCAGUGAUGAGCUGCGGAAACCCUACCAGGAGCAUGUUCCCCACGAAGGCGUAACUAUAGGCUCUCUAGGACACACAAAUGCCUCAAAUUUUUUUGUUUUUAUGUCUGAACGCCUCCAGUUGUUUUGAGCAUCUCCCACUAGCACGAGAUGCCUGAGCAGACCAAGGAAAUUAUGUCUCCUGGCUGGUUUGGGAACAGGUGGCUGGGGACUUAGACUUCUGCCCCCCAUGACCUGGCCAUCGAAAAGUUGCGAAGGGAUGGAUGAAUGGGGAGUUGUAGCUCUACUUACUGCAGUUCAAACUCUAUGCCUUCUUUAACUCAGAUAUGACUCAGCUUAAAAGCAUUUGGAGUAAUGGUGGCCUAAGGAUGAAACCAUAUUCCUGUAUUCUUCCCUAGUAAAAAUACCAAACUAAAUUAAAUUCAGUCCUAUAUUCCUUCAAGUGUAAAGUAUAUCUGAAUGCUAAUAUCGCUGAUAUUAUGGAAGCUACUGCUCAAAAAAUAAAUGUAGAAUUCAGUUUUAGCACAUUACAGUUAGGGGGGUUUGAGGUUUUGGAAGAUUCACUGUGGCAGCUGUUAGUGUCACAAGGUGGUCACAAAGUGACUAAUGUUUAACAAGUGAGUAUGUUGAUUUUAAAUCUCCAGAGUAACACUCAAACACGCUCUACUUUAACAUACUGUACCUCAGGGAAGGUGACUAAAAUCUCAUAUCUUUUAUCUUUUGCGCAAAAUCAUUAAACCAGACCUGAAGACAGAUAUUGAGUGCACAGUGCUGACCUUUUGGAGUUUUUGAUAAUGCCCAACAAAGCCCAGGAGGAUGCUGUGAUUAAUCUAAAGACGCUGCAGGAGAUUUCCAGGCAGCUCGGUUUUGAGUGGACAGUUUUGGCAUAUGAGCUUGGCUUCAACAGAACUGAGAUAGGACGCUUCCACGCCAGCUCUACAGAGAAGAGUGUCCAGGCCAAGGCCAUGCUGGAAAGCUGGUACGAGAAGUCAUGGGACAAGCCAAAUAAGACCAAGCUGCUGCAAGACGGACUGGAACGAGCUGGCAGACGGGACCUGGCUGAGAGACUGCAUUGCCUUCACUGGGGUCACCAGAAACUGAGUCAAAGGGUGGAGCUUCCCUCUGCCUUCCCCUUCCUCAUCACAGUCCACAGGACCAUCGACAACCGAGACGCACUACGUAAAAUCAACGAUCUAAGUCGUAGAUUCACUUAAACCUGGGUGAAAACGCAAGUAGCUGUGGCUAUGUCUGUAAUUUGUGUUCUACGUGUGCAUAUGUGAUACUGCAAAGAAGCAAACGGACUCAGAGUCAAUUAACCAACAAAUCAUGAUAUAUGCUACUUUUUGUAGUGCAAGAAAUUAAAGCUUUGCAAUAAGGAUAAAGGCUGUCUUUGGAAUCCUAAAUAAACUUUUGAUUUUAAAAA